AUGUCUUCUCACGAUCAAAUGCUGGAAGAAGCUGCUUCCUUAUUGGAAUAUAAUCAUCAUCAUGGCACCACACAAACAACAGCUAACAACAACAACACAACAUUCCACCUCUACCCCGGAUUGGAGGUGAAUGAAUUAAUUCUCAAUGAUCAAAAACAACAACAACAACCACAGGAUCAAGACCAUCGGGUUAUUACGGAUCCAACCAUGAUGGCAUCACCAUCACAAGUAAUCUCUAAAAUGUCUUCAUCACCAACACUCCUACCAACCAAAUCCGACAGUUCAAAAGCUCUUCUCAUUUCUGUUGGAGUAGGUGUUUGUGGAGGUUAUAUGAGUGGAAAUAUAGUACGGAUUGGAUCUCGGGUGGUUUUCGGAGCCGUUGCAGCACUACUUUUGGCUGGAUCUACGUUUACAGCACUCAAUCGAGAAGCUUUGAAGAGGAAAAAACAACAACAGGACAAUGAGCCCAGCAAUUUGGAGCAAUAUGAAAUGUUGGCCAAAAUGGGAAUUGAAGCAGCUAACCAACACAUUAAACGAAUGAAUAUUAAGGAAACGAUUUUAGAACAAUGGGAAAAAUUAAGAGAAUAUACAAAGGAUAAUUAUCCAUUGACAAGUUCAUUCUUGAUUGGAUUCAUCCUGGCCAUGUUUUAA